GAACUCGAACCUUGGCCGGUUCGCGACACCCCUAGUGCGGACGAAUGGUGCGGACCCGGACCGGUGUGGACCGUGUCGAUGGUUGUGUGUAGUAGACAAGUUAUGUGAACUCGCAAAAGAGUUGGGCCUUGCGUGACUUCGGGCAGUAUAAUUUUAGUCCAAAACACUAGAAAACGCAACAGGCCAAGUGUCACCAGUGAGAAACCACACAAAUGCGUGCGUCAGUUUCAGUCGUUGGACGAUCCGCGAGAGCGCACUUUUUCAAAGAGAAGGGUGGCGAAAGGUGACAAUUCCUGCCGUGCGAUUUUCUUCGCAAAGAAGCACGAUGCUGUUUUGGGGAAUUUUAUCUCUGCUCAGAGUGCUGCUGGUCUUCGUGCCGCAGUCGGGCUACAUACACCCCGACGAAUUCUUCCAGUCUACUGAAAUUGCUGCAGGUGACAUCUUUAAUUUGCAAGUCCAUCGCACUUGGGAAUUCACCAGCGACCAGCCCAUCCGCAGUCCGUCCGUCAUUUACCUCACAACUGGGGUGCCAAUAUGGCUGCUCAGUUCCGCCCUGCGACUACUGGCGCGGACGCCGGAUGUUCUCCCACCUCCUUACCUUUUGCUGGUCGUGCCACGGCUCUUUUCCUGCCUCGCAUCCUUCGUCUGCGACUACACAAUUCACCGCCUCUCCGUGGCCCUUGGAAAACGGAAGAAGGAUCGCCAUCUGUGCCUGUCUCUCUUUGCUAGUUCGUACGUCGCUGUCGUCUAUUACACUCGUACGUUCAACAACUCUGUCGAAUCGUGGUUGCUAGCACUCCUGCUGCUUUCCGUUGGGCUCGACCUCAAAGGCAGCGGUCGCAGAGGGAAGCAAGAGGCUCCAGUCCUGCGGAACUCUAUGUCCGUUUGCCUGCUCCUCGCCGUUGGCUUUUUCAACCGGCCAACAUUUGUUGUUUUCGCCCUCCCAGCGAUUUCCAUUUGGUUGCUGAAUGACGUCCACCUUUCAAAGGAGGGUGCAAGCGUCGUAUUGGGACGUCUCGCCAACUUCAUACCCAAGGUUUCGUUCUUCGCCAUGUUGCUGGCAGCCACAGACACCGUCUACUAUCAUCCUGAGGUGUUGUCCUUCGCUACUACUGACCAGUGGCUACGGUUCCCGCUAGUCCUGGCGCCCCUCAAUUUCCUUAGCUACAACCUGAACAACGCCAAUCUUCAGUCGCACGGUGAACAUCCGCGCUGGCUUCACUUUCUGGUGAACAUACCUCUGCUCUUCAACGCUGCUGGAAUCUUGGCGCUGUGGGCCUCAUUUCAAACCAUCCACUCAAAACUACGUCCAACCAGCACCAAGCCCAACACCUCCCAUGCCUUUCCAAGCUUCCUCGACAUAACGCUUGCUUCUACCGUCCUGGUAUCGACCAUCUGUCUGUCAACACUGCCACACCAGGAACCAAGGUUCCUCGUACCACUUCUGGUACCCGUUGUCCUCCUUUCCCAGCGAUACUUUCGAACCAGCCGUCUCUUGUCUGUUGCGUGGACUGCGGGCAACUUGGCAGGACUAGUCUUCUUCGGCUUCUUGCACCAGGGCGGUCUGGUACCGUGCCUCUUCAGGCUUCAGGACCACUUGGCAAGCCGAGGAUUGCAUCAGCACACCACUGUCUUCUUCAGGCACACAUACAUGCCACCGAGGCACCUCCUGACCUUGAAGCACAACCUUGACGUCAAGGUCAUUGACCUGAUGGGAGCUGGAACGUCCGCCGACCUGAUGGCACUACUCGCGAAGGCAGAAGGUCGUACCAAGGUCAUCGUGAUGCCCGUGGGAACAGAACAGGCAUCGCUCAGUCGGACACUUUCUCAUGCCAACGGAAGUCUGGAAGAGAUCUUCAGUUGCAGGCCCCACUUGAGCGCCGAAGACUUUCCCGACAUCCUGCACCUUAUGGAGACAUACAAGAGGAAAGGGUUCAAAGAAAUGGCAGGUGUGCUAAGCGAACAGCUGUCAUUGGGCGUCUUCAAGGUAGCUUUGUAGGCUAGAGUUACUGUGUGAAAAGUUACUGCUGUGAAAAGCGGAACUAUGCUCUGCUCUACACUUGCUCGGAGCACAAAGAGAGAUACAGGCAAAGUGUAAGUGACUAGAGAAGUAGUUCUCAACCACUGAUGUUUCGCAGACCCCCAUGGUUUGGCAAGGAUGAUGGAGGACCCCAUUCGGGGUGAGGGGAAGGGAGAGGUUUAUGCUAAUUAUGAUAAUGAUUUUUUAAAUGGACAUAGCUAAGGACUAGUGUGAAGUAGACUUUUCUCAUUGACAUACACACAAGAACGCUCACCCAAAAAUUGGAACAUUUCCGAGAACCACUGGACUGAGGAACUAGAUAUGCUCCGCUUGCAGAGCAGAGUAUCGUGAUGGUGUUUCAUAAUUUUUACCCCAAGUAUUGCAAAAGAUGCGAUGCACGUGACACGAGGUGGCAAUUCGUCGCACAACUGCCGAUGUGCGUCUACUGGGUCCCUCUGAAGCGUACACGCUGCACCGUCCACGUGUACACGACUGCUUUGUAACAGCACUUGCGUAAAAAAAAGAAUGCAAUGACACGUGUCUAAGUAGCACACACAACACCCAAAGGUCCAGGAAGCUUCCUGCUCGUCAGACUUCUGUGCAAGAUCUACAUUUUGCGAAUUCGGAGUGAAAAAUAUGUCCCGCUUUAUACCCAGCGCUCCACUGAGCCGCUUUCCCGCAGGCGCUUUGGGCAUAUUUGGUGCAUGUGACCCUUUCUUCGCCAACGAAAGCACCAACUCAGCGUGCCGACUUGUGUGACGAGCUACGAGCUAAUGGUACCAAUCAAGCAAUGCCAGGAGUGCAAGUCACUAAGCAUUUUCUGUUUAUGACCGGCUCAGCGACGAUAGAAUGCAUACAGAAAGGUGACAAACUCCACGAUGGUGCGCUCGUGACGACGUCCGAUCGGUCCCAUCAGCUCGUAGUGUCCACUGCAUCUGGACUUGAUGUGAAACUAAGUUUUAAGGGCUCAUACCCCCCCAGCCUUCCAUGUUCAACAUUGCUAGUGUGGAUGCUCGGUCUUUUGCCUGUUCCGCACUCUCGAGAGAAUCGCCACGUGGCCCGUUGAAAAACGCGGGUAAACAAAAGCACGCGUCCACGAUUCCGAAUCUGGCACCCCAGGCCAGUACUUGCAGGGUUUUGUCGUUCCAUGGUACGAGCUCCACAAAAAGCGAGGGAAUGCCGUCGACUGAACAUCCUCCAACCAACCACGAGCAAACCCCUAGAGGCGGUGGUGGCGGCGACCCGGGUGGGUUAUGCUAUGAUGCCCGGAAGGUAUCUCGGACUGGUGCGCUUAGUGUCCCUUUCCGCCCACGUGUCUGAAGCAGUCGCCAAAGUGGCAAGAAACGAUGCCGCGGACGUCGAAGUGUCGUGCCGUCGGAUGUCGCGAUCCUGGCAGUUGGCCGUGGAAGUUCCGGCAAAAAGCACGAGCCAACGCGAGUGUCGCCCUUCGUAGCGGAGUCCCAACUCCAGGCUGUUGAAGCUUCCGUGGACAUUCGAGCUGGAGAACGGCCUGGAACGUAACGGGCGUCUGCUGUGUCCAAAACCACCGCCGCGACACUGCCAGGAUCGCAGCCGGAGACGGCGCGACAUUUCUACUACGUCAACGGGCAGAAAUCGAAGGGAUUGCUCGUUCGGACGCGGUGAACACGCACCAAUCGGGGACUCCUGCCAGGCAACGUGGAUGUCUUUUCUUCCGUCCCCUUUCUUAUCCAAUCUCGUCUCUCAGUCGGCAGUGACAAGCAUGCACACGAAGCGCAGCUGUGAACCAAGUCGUUUUAAUGCGGAAUUGCAUUCUCACCGAAGUCCAACCGAUUUCGUAGUGAAGCGUUGCACGGCGGUUUCCAAGAACGUCGACGGUGGCCACUGUCAGAGGGGGUUGGCUGGCUGCCCAACGCUUGGGCUGCGAGCUUCGCCGGCCACGCGAGGCAGGUGUGAACAGAAACGGGAAAACAAAACCAAGAGACGAGGCAAGGACUCGGAGAAGCCCCGCGAAAGCUUCGUACAUAACGAGAGAAAAAGAAAGUGUCUAGAGGGAGGACGUGGCUACGUUGGACACGACGUUGUGCGUCUGAAAGGCCGAGACUGGAGUUGGUGCGUCAGCUGUGUUGCUCGUAGAACGAAAUUCUGCAUACGAUGGAUUGAUCGACAGAUCAAAAUAAAAAAUUUGUCUUAAUUCUGGGUGUACACAAAUCAA